CCUCUAUGGGUCAAAGUUGAAAGUUCAAACAUUACAGUCGCAUGCCCUGCGUUCUCUGAGAAUGGCUAAACAUCAUCCAGAUUUGAUCUUUUGUAGAAAACAAGCCGGUGUUGCUAUUGGAAGAUUGUGUGAAAAAUGUGAUGGAAAGUGUGUGAUCUGUGAUUCGUAUGUGAGGCCCUGCACGCUGGUGCGCAUCUGUGACGAAUGCAACUACGGGUCCUACCAGGGGCGCUGUGUCAUCUGCGGAGGCCCAGGUGUUUCUGACGCCUACUACUGCAAGGAGUGCACCAUCCAGGAGAAAGAUCGAGACGGAUGCCCCAAGAUUGUGAACUUGGGCAGCUCAAAGACAGAUCUGUUUUAUGAACGGAAGAAAUAUGGCUUCAAGAAAAGGUGAAGACAGGACAGUCCAACAUGCUUUCCUUCAGUUGUGUGAACAUUUUUACUUUUUCUUUUGUGGACAUGUUUUGAAAAUACAAUAAAAGUUUCUUUUAUA